AUGUCGCUGGCGCUCGCCGUCGGCGUACACGCGACGUGCAACCCGUAUUGUGGGGACAAGACGCAGGGCUGGGAUAAAAAGUGCGACUGGGGUGGCUGCUACAGCUGCACCGAGUGCUCCGCCCCUGCGCCGGUGUGCAAGCCGUUUUGUGAGGACAAGACGCAGGCCUGGGAUGACAAGUGCACCUGGACUGGCUGCACCGGCUGCACCGAGUGCAUCGUCCCUGAGCCGGACAAGACGCAGAACUGGGGUGACAAGUGCACCUGGGGGGGCUGCAACGGCUGCUCCGAGUGCGGCAUGUGCAAGCCGUUUUGUGAGGACAAGACGCAGAACUGGGGUGACAAGUGCACCUGGGGGGGCUGCAACGGCUGCUCCGAGUGCUCGUCCCCUGCGCCGGUGUGCAAGUCGUUUUGUGAGGACAAGACGCAGGCCUGGGAUGACAAGUGCACCUGGACUGGCUGCACCGGCUGCACCGAGUGCAGUUGA